AUGCCCGCCCGCACACUGACAUCCCGCUCAAUCCCCCUGGUUGCAGCCACUACCCUCUCAGUCUCCCUCUACGCCCUCCACACGCACGUCCGCCCCGUCCUCCUCGAUGCCGCACCUGGUCCUACCGAAUCUACCUUUGGUCUCCCCAAGAAGCCCCGCUCGGCCAUAAUACCCUCCUCUUCCAGCCCCUACUUACCACUAGGAUGGGGAAGCAACCGAUACCUGACGCUCAGCCCCGAUCAGUCUUUAUCUCAACUGAAGAAGCCGACUCCGUUGACGCAGUUCGGGGCGACCCCGCUGAGAGAUCUGGUUCUGGCGGAGAAGUACGGGGCGGCCGUGGAUGCAAGAGGGGACUGUUGGAUGUGGGGCACGGGGUAUGAUCCGAGUGGAGAAGUAGGGCGGUCCAUCAAGGGCAAGAAUAUCAAGACGCUUAUACCCGCCUCGGCGAAGCUCUUUUGCCUGAGCAAGUCGGGCAACCUUUAUGCGGUCUCGACGUCCCGAGCUGUCCAGACGUCCUCGCAGCAGUACAAGGCGGAACGGUCCUGGUGGUCUUCGAUGUUCGGCACCGACGCCGGCGUGGACUUUUACGAGCUCCAAGCGGAGGGCGGACUGAAGCGUGGGGAACGCUGGGCAAGUGUGUCAGCGGGCAAACAUCAUUUGUUGGCCGUAACGACCAAAGGCCGGACCUUCUCAUUACCUAUCGAUCCGCUCGCGAAUUCUCAUCGUCAACUCGGGACCCGACAGGUCCUUGACGCAUCGACCGCCCCUCUCGCCUCUAUCCGCUCUUCCCCCUCAUCUUCUUCCCCCACACCGACCCCCUCUCUCCCCCUCAACCCAGCAACCGACCCCCGCGCCUACCCCACCCUGACUGAAAUCCCAUCCCUCGCCUCCGUCCCCAUCGCCUCCGUCACAGCCUCCGCCCUCUCCUCCUUCGCCCGCACACCCACCGGCCGCGUCCUCGGCUGGGGCGCGAACGAAUCGGGUCAGAUCGGUCUCGGCCCGUCUGGCGCUAUCGAGGUCGUCUCGUCCCCCGUCGAAGUGGUACUCGCGCGGAAUUAUCCAGGAGGGACGACGAUGAAUUGUACCCGAGUCGUAGCUGCCGGGGCACUGACGAUGUUUGUGGUGGAGAGGGAUGUGCCUGGGAAGGAGGGGACGUGGGUUGAUUUACUGGCUUGUGGGAAUGGGAUGAGUGGGGGGCUGGGGAAUGGGCUGUGGAGCUCGGCGUGUACGAGCCCGGUCAAGGUCAAGACGGUCAGUGGGCUGCAGGAGUACUCGGAGAAGAAGAAUGCGUUUGUUCCUCUAGGCAUCCACGAUCUCUCCAUUUCAUCAGGACCCGCGGCGCAUAUCUUUGCGGUGCUUGAUACGGCGGACCAAGCCGAGGAGAAGGGCGUCAAGAUGGGGCUGUAUGGGAAAGACGUGAUGGUGUGGGGUGGGAACGUCGACUAUCAAUUGGGCAAUGGGAAACGGUCUAGUCUGGCUGUACCUCAACACAUCCCCCAGCUCAUCUCGCGCUCCAGCGGCGACAUUGCCGCCGCGGCAAAAGAGGCUGGUCUGUCAUCUGGAACCCUCUCACCGAUGCCGCAUUCCCGCCUGCAGCUGCAUCAGAGCAAGACAGACGCAUAUGACCUCAGUGGGAAGCUCAUCAAGCGGGGAGUGAAGUGCGAGGAGACGAUGGUCGCGGGGUAUAACUCGAGUGUACUGUAUAAUAAGACUCUGGAUUAG